AUGGAUUAUCUUACUUAUUAGCUCUGCUUAAUAUUAACAUUAUUAAUGUUGUUCCUUGUUUUAAUGAUGUUGUUUUCUCGUUCAAAAAGAUUUCGUUCAUUCAUUUAAAAGAUAAAAUCCUAAUUAGAAAGUCUAUUAGAUAAGAUUAUAUUUCCAGCAAGAUCAUGUAAUGAAUAUUAGAACAUCAGCUAAUAAGAUCUUAAAGUCUUUAGUGUAGUUAGAAAAAAUGGUAAAUUUAGUAUAUAUUAACUUUAAAGUGGGAGAAGAGAUUUAGAAUUAGAGGUGCAAUAAUAUAGAAUUGAAUAGGAUCGUUCUUUAUGCUUACCUUAGAAAUGAUUCAUUUGCAAAUACAGAAUACAAUGUCAUCUAUUUUCAUGGAAAUGGAGAGACGAUGUAAGUUAUUUAAUUAAGAAUAUAGAGAUGAAGCAGCAUAUUUUGUAAGAAAUCUUAUGAAAUCUUUAUAAUUUAAUGCAUUUUUAAUAGAAUAUCCAAAAUAUGGCAUUUAUAAAUAUACUGAAACAAGUGCCAAGAUAAUAUUAGAAGAUUCUAUUCUAGCAUAUGAACAUAUCAAAGAUGAAUAUUAGCUAGAUGAAAGUAAAAUAUUUAUUUUUGGAAGGUAUUAAUUUUUAAUAAAAAUAGAUCAAUUGGAACAGGACCAGCUAUACAUGUUGCUUCAUAAAAGAAAUGUAAAGGUUUGAUUAUUAUUUCUGCUUUUAAGUCUUUAAAAUCACUUAUUAGAGAAAUGGUUUUUGGAAUUGGAUACUUGGUUAGUAAAUUCAUGGAUGAAAGAUUUAAUAAUGAAGAGAACAUAAAAAAAAUUCAAUGUCCUGCUUUAUUUAUUCAUGGUGUUGAUGAUACUCUAAUUCCUUCAACUCAUUCAAUUUUCCUUUAAAAAUAGUAAAAUAUUAACUUUAAUUUAGAUUAAAUAAUUAAAAUAAGGAAUCGAGAUUAGAACUAUUUCCUCAUAUGGCUCAUAAUAAUAUUACUGAAUUUAAUUAUGAGAUUUCAGAGAAAAUUUCAUUAAAUUUUAGAGAAUUGAGUAAAGCAAAUGAUUGA